AUGCCACUGAAACGACCAGAGAAGUCGGUAACCUUGAGGAUCCCACUUCCUCCAAUAGCCCACAUCCCAGGUCUCGGUGACCUUGCAAAACCCCAUGAAGUGCGGUCUCGGUGCCGCAGGAAGUGGAUCAAAGAGACCGAUUCAGCUUCCGUCAAGCUGGCAAAGCAAGGAGGGCGACCUGAAGUCAGAAAAGUGGUGGCUUUUGUCUUUUUCUCUCACGACCGAUGGAAGCACUAUACUCCUGUGACAAUGAAGUCCUCUCCAGCAGCAUAUGCUGCACCUGACUGGUACUCGCACUACUCCAGUCCCCUGGCAACUGAUGAUCCAUGGAGCUAUGUUUCCUCUCUACCAGACUAUAGGGUUCAUGGUGAGUUUAAGGCUGAUGACCAUCAUGGUAAUAGUUAUGAGACAAGAGGGCCUUUUGAUUUUGAUGUGAAAAGUGUUUGGCAGCAGGAUGCUGAGGAAAAAGAAGGUAUGAUGGAGAGGCACUGUGGGACGAUGCUUUGUAGAGCUUGUGAAGACACUUCUAGCUGGGUAAAGCUCCCAGCUAUAAACCCUAAAUACCCAAGAAGAAUGCUGAAUGUUUCUACAAACAAGGAAUUUAGUGUGAAAAAUAAGCUUUCCUUCCCACCUAUGCCUGCUCCGAGAAAAAGUGAAGCAGUAAAAUUUAACAAAUUAAUUAGCGAUGGUUAUGGGACUGUCUGGUUUCAGCAGUGUACUGGAUGGGAAAAAAAGAUUCAAGAAACAUCAGAAAAUAAUGAGCAGUCCAAAGAUUCAGUGCCAUCACAGUCUGAAUCAGCACCUGCAAGCAAUGAGUCAAAGCCACCGCUUCACGGAU